CUCUGAUGUUGCCCGCAUGACGCUAAUUGAUGGAUUCUGUUCAUGUAUACCGAUGAAUUUGCGUGCAAUAUGCCGGUACAGUGAUGGUUAUUAUUAAAUUACGUAAUAAUUACAUAACUCCGAUCGUUUAGAAGUAUUUAAUGACAGAAAUUGACUUUUUUGUGCUUAUUUUGUGAUACCAAGUGAUCCGCUUGUCAGUAAAUGUCAUCAUGAACUUGUUUUACCGGUCCAUUAUUUGUAAUGUGGUUACCCACUGUAAUACCCACACAGUCUGCACGCGGUAUAUCGAAACUCUUAGCAGCAGUUCGAUUCAGAAGCGGAAGUAUAUUUGGAAUGCCCACAAAAACAAAAAUCUUAUCCCUGCAAUAUUUCCUAGAUGGGUGACUAAACGCAGUUUAUCACUCAGUCGUUCAAAUACCCCGACUAUGGACAAGAUUAACAAAGUAAAGAGGGUAUCUAUAGAAGGCAACAUUGCGGUUGGAAAGUCAACUUUUGCAAGACUCCUGCAGUCUGCUGACCAAGACUGGGAAGUGGUUCUUGAACCCAUUGGAAUGUGGCAGAGCAUAGAAAGUGGCUCUUUACAGACGACCAGCAACCUGUUGGAUAUGAUGUACAAGGACCCUCAGCGUUGGUCCUACACCUUCCAGACCAACUCAUGCAUGAGCCGCAUGCACACCCAACUGCAGCCCCCGCCAGCACGCCUGCUCAGCUCAGAGGGCGUCCCUGUCCAGAUCUUUGAGCGCUCUGUGUACAGUGACAGGUACAUCUUUGCGCUGAACAUGUUUAAGCUGGGCUGCAUCAACUCGACGGAGUGGGCCAUUUACCAGGGCUGGCACUCCUUCCUGGUGGAACAGUUUGGCCAUCAGGUGGAGCUGGAGGGCAUCGUCUACCUCCGAGCCCCCCCACAGAUAUGUCUGGAGCGCUUGGGACGGCGGGGAAGGACAGAGGAGAAAGGAGUGCAGCUAGACUAUCUGGAGACGUUACACACCCAGCAUGAGGAGUGGCUCGUAGAGAAGAGCACCCAGCUACACUUUGAGCACUUGACCAAGGUGCCUGUAUUGGUGUUGGAUGCCAGUCUAGAGUUUGAGAAUAACCCUGAUGUUCAGGCCUCCUUUAUCACACAGGUGAAGGAGUUCUUCAGUAGACUAUGAGGACCCUGUGAAUUGUGCUGUCAUCUAAAUAGGAUCAAGAUAUCUGCAACCAUUUGGAACUCAGUAUACAACAGUGAAAUAAUAAACUGUGGGUUUUCCAGGUAGUUCGUUGCAGAUGCUAGUAGCAUAUGGGUCCCAAAAGCUUUUAACCAAGUAAUUGUUCUUGAAUAGAGCUGUCUAUAUUGGACAAUAUUUAAGAUGUAGGUUUAUUCAAGAUGUAGGUUUCCCCUCAUGUUUACUUUGAUAUGUUCAUGUGCUCAGUUAUUUUGCUAUUCCUGUAUUUAGAUUGAGUCACAUCCUUCAAGAGCUUUGUUUGUAAUUUGAGUGGUAUACUAGUUGGAUAUAAUGCAGAGAUCUGCAUCAAUAAAUAUUCUAUAUAAAUGUG